AUGGCAGCCCUGAGUUCCAAGGCCAGCUCCAACCUGCUGUGGCAGCUGGAGAAGCUCAGAGAUAACGAAUUUCAGACUGUUAAGGAUGAUCUUAACAAAGAACUUUUGGACGCUGGACUGCCGGAGAUCCCAUGGUUUCAGCUAAACAAAGCCAGCCCAGAAGAUCUGGAUGCGAUAUUGACAACCAACUACGACCCACAGGUCACCUGGAAGAUCAUGUUCUCCAUGUUUCAGAAGAUCAGUCGUCAGGAUCUUUGCAAGAGGAUGGAAGACAGGCGGACACGUAACACAGAGAAGCACAAAAAGAUCACAUACAGAAAAUGCAUAAUCCAAUGGAAAGACAGGUUUUAUUUAAUGAUCCACCAUGCAUUUUUUGGUGAAAUUAAUCCAUCCUUGUACUGCUUUUUUGAAAGAAUCUUUGACGGUGAUGGCAAUUCAAAUGUAUUCAUGAUAGGCGAUCAGGCGGCUGGGAAAACGCUGCUUCUCAAAAGGAUGAUGUUAAUGUGGAGCGAGGGACACAUGUGGAAGCAAGUGUUCUCAUAUCUCGUUUUCCUCAGUUCUCGCGAUAUAAACCAGACGGCCGACACUAGCUUGGUCGAGCUGCUCUCCGAGGUCUGGCCUGAUGGCCAGGCACCUGUGGUCGAUAUCCUGUCCGACCCCAAGAAGCUCUUAUUUGUCCUUGAGGAUUUGGACAAUGUCAAGCCUCCCUUCAGCGUGGCUACAUCGGCUCUGUGUAGCGACAUCAGGAAAAAGGUGCCCGUCUCGGUGCUUGUGCUCAGCUUGCUGAAGAGGAAGAUGGCAUCGGGAUCUUCAUUCCUCAUCUCGAGCAGAAGUUGGCCUGAUGCUAACCUGGGCACAGUGGGGGUAUGUGCGUACCAUAUAACUGUGAAUAUUGCUGAUGACCAAAGGCAGAAGUAUUUUGAGUUAUUCUACAAAAAUGAGGCGAGGGCUACGGCAGCCUUCACAUUUGUCCAGGAGAAUGAACUGCUUGUGGAUUUGUGCAAGGUUCCCAUCUUGUGCUGGAUCACUUGCACAACUCUGAAUCAGCACCUGGACGGGAACAAUGAUAUCAAAUUUGCGUUCCAGACAUCGACUGACAUAUAUGCCCAUUUUCUCAGCAAUGAACUGACCUCUGGCACUGGUGAGGCUGCUGCUGAGCGUCGCCGCUGCCUCUUGGAGCGGGUGUGUUUGCUGGCGUUAGAAGGACUGCUUUACAACACAUUUGACUUUAGCAAUGAAGACCUCCAAAGUGUUGGGUUUACCAAAGCUGAUCUUCAUGUGUUGAGGGCCAGGAAGAUCAUCACGCAGAGCAAUAAGCGGGCAGGCUGCUGCAUGUUCAUCCACCAGCAGGUCCAGGAGUUUUGCGCAGCCGUAGCCUACACCAUGCCAUUGACGAUCGUUCCGCUUCCCUCGGUUGGCAGAGAGUUGGACAAUCGGACAGAAUACAAUGAUUUUAGUCCAGUAAUGUGUUACAUUUUUGGUCUUCUUAAUGAGAAGACGAGAGACAUUCUUGAGACAACUUUUGGGUGGCAAAUAUGUCCAGAAAAUCACCGGAGGUACUUCGUAAAGAAAAUAAAAUUCUUGGGUAGUAACCCAACAGCAAUGGAAUACCAUCUCCCUUUGUUUCAUUGUCUCUUCGAAAACCAGGAGGAAGACUUUGUGAAACACGUCAUGAAGCCUUUUGUAGAAGCCACCGUGCUGGUUGAAAAAAACAAAGAUCUGGUGGCAUCAGCAUAUUGUCUCAAACACUGCUGUGCACUAAAGACGCUUAGGUUUUGUAUUCGAUACCUCUUUCCAGAGCAAUUCACGUUGAUGUCAAAGGCUCGUCAAAUAAGGAGCCUUCUCUAUUGGAAAGACUUUUGCUCUCUGCUCCACACCAAAGUCCUCCGGGAGCUGGAAAUUUCUAACAGCUGUCUUGAUGAUAUUUUUGAAAGGAUUCUUACUAAAGCACUGAUGCAUCCCAACUGUCAACUUCAAACACUCAGGCUGGCGCAUCUCACUACCGAUGUCUUCUGUGAAGGCUUGCUCAAGGCUACCCCUCAUAACAAGAAUCUAAAACACUUGAUCCUGACUUGUAUGCUUAUUUCCCCAAAGAUGGUUUCACUUCUGCAAGAGGUCCUGGCCCAUCCAACGAGCAAAAUACAGCACCUGAGCUUGAUAAAAUGCGAUGUGAACUUGAGUGAGUGGAGAGGGAUCUCCUCUCUCCUCAGCAGCGCCAGGAACCUGAAAAAACUGACAUUAUCCAACAACCAACUGAGCACCCAGGUGGUGGAUAUCCUCUGUGAAGCUUUGCUCCAAUCGGGCUGUGCUCUGGAAUCACUGGUGUUAUUCUACUGUGGUCUCACUAAAGCCUACUGUAGCUCCAUUGGGACAGUUCUUUUGCUCAACAGAACCUUAAAACAUCUGAACUUGAGUGUGAAUUACCUACAAGACCGUGGUGUGCUGGUCUUAUUUAUUUCCCUGUUGGCACACACCAGUCAGCUACAGGAGCUGGAGCUGUGUGGCUGUUUUUUCACCAGUUAUGUCUGUCAAGAACUCUCCAAGGUCAUUACUAGUGCCAACCUGAGGAGCCUGGAACUUGGAAGCAACGAUAUAGGGGAUGCAGGACUGUUGCUGUUGGGUGAGGCCUUGACACACCCAAAUUGCAAGUUACAGAAUCUCGGGCUGGAGGAGUGUAAGCUGACUGGAACCAGCUGCCCAGUUCUUGCCUCUGUUCUCGUACGCAACAGAACACUAAUGAAGCUCAAUCUGAUCGGAAAUGAACUGGGUGAGGAGGGAACUGUGCGGCUCCUGGAGGCCUUGGGACACCCCGAUUGUUUACUUCAGACAAUUGGGCUUCAAACAAAUACAUUUAGUAAGAAGACCCAGGAGUUGCUAAGAACCGUGAAAAAUAAAAACACUCACCUGGUCUUCGUGGGCAAGUCUUGGGCUAAAAAUAAGGAAAGCAGUAAAGUCCCUGAGAAGAUUGGUCAAAGAUAUCCGUGCCCAAAUGAGAAAUAUGAACGUAAUGUCAAAUGGCAGCUCGUCUCUUCCCAGAUGCCUAAAAUGUACAGGACCAAGAAAAAAUCCACUACAACUUCUUGAACAUCGCUUUGGUCAGACACUACUAAAAAUGUGUUUCAAUACAAAUGAUUACCGCUGCUAGGUGACGGGGGAACUAAAGUUAUGGCUUAUUUUUCUCUCUCCCUCUUUGUUUUUAAUCUCUGCAUUUGUUGGUGACGUUGGUGAACUCAACCAGUUUCUUUGUAAAAAUUUGCACACUCUUGUCUGGACAGGGUCAGGCAUGCAAAUUGAAGGGCCCCCUUCAAAGCUGUAAACUAGCCAGGCCAAACAGCAAGAUGGAGCAACCAGGCUCAGGGAGUGAAACCUCGAGUUCUGGUACACAGAGCACUGCAAGAAGCUGACAAACUGUUCUUGGGACGGCUUGCAACACCUGCUGCCUCGGAUGGUUCUCCACCCUCAGGCACCUUCUUUUAAAACCCUACACCCUGACCACUGGGCUCAACUUCCCCGACCUGCCUCACUAGGUCGGGGGACCUUGCCCGGGAGCUCUUUUGCUACAAUAAAGCUGUCCUUGAAUUUA